AGAGCAAAGUUCACACUCAAGAGAGUCAAUAUUUCUGAUAUUGGUAUUGCAAGUAUCACAUGGAUAUAAAUUCUCACUUGAAGCCUGAGACUCAGCAUCUUGGUACUCUGUGCCCUCCAAGCUAGACCCUGCAGCCCUAUCAGCCUGAGACCCAUGACCUCUUCCCCACUUGCUAGGCAUUGAGGAUAGAGACAAUAAAACACCAAGAAGAACAGAAAGCAAACAGAACAAUAAAGAACACAGGACAAAACAGGCACAAGAACAUAGAGCACAAAAAGCAACUUAGACUACUACAACCUCACGACAGCACCUCCUACCUGCUAAAAAGACAAAGGAAAAUAUGGUAAACAACAAACACUGAACUACUAAAAAAAGGACAAACACCAAAAACAAGUACAAAGGUCAGGAUAUACUGCCCGAUACUUGGUAAAAAACUGUGACUUAAUAGCAAGGAAGAAAAAUACCAAUUAGUCAGGGGAAAAAACAGCUGUCAACACCACAACAUGGUAGGAACUAGCCAGCAUACGUCCAUCCUCCACAGCAGCCAGUGGACAACCUUGGAGACCUGGAAAGAACAGGCACCAGAGAAUUAAUGAAUAGCCUGCAACUAAAUGAUAUGCAGGACAUCACACAUGAGACAAGAAUGCCAACACCAGCCUGGGAUAGGGACCCUGAGGGGAAGGCCUUUAGGGAGAGCAUGAAGGAAGGCAGCUAUGUGGCACAAUUUCAGGCUCUCAUCUUCCGUAAUUUGGCCAUUAAAAAACGUGACAGGCGGAAAUCACUAGCUGAGCUGUUGAUGCCUCUCUACUGGAUAAUGAUUCUGGCAAUCAUUCGGCUCUCCAGCAAUGGUGAAGUGUUGGAGCCGGUGGAGGUUCCACAUGGGCGGGGCUCCCUCAUGGAUAGUGCUGUCUUUUUGAAUUCUAAAACGCUUCAUGUGGCUCCUAAAACUCACAAGGUAGGAGAGGUGAUGGAUGCAGUGCUGAAUAUUGCAGAAGGACUGAUUACUAAUAUUUCUGUUCAAUACUACAAGAAUGAAACUGAGUUCUUGAACCACUUCUUGGCCAACAAAGCCUCAGUAAAAGUUGGAGUCAUAUUUGAAGAUGAUCCUCUGACUAACAAGAGCUACACACUGAGGUUCAAUCCCUUGUUCACAUUUCUUCCAUCAGAUGGACUGUGGAGCGCAGGACAGGAAUGCCGCAAUGGGAACAAUACUUCUGAGCUGCAGGCAUAUGUCUGCUCUCCCAAUAGCUACUUCUAUUCUGGGUUUUCAGCACUGCAAACCAUCAUUGAUAUGGCUCUGACUAAUCUGACCACUGGUGCAAAUGUCCAAGUACCAAAUGUCACACUUGAAAACUUUCCAAGAGGAGGUUUUCAGUCAGAUGGAGGCACAGUCCUCCGCUCCAUUGUGCCACUGUACAUGGUGUUUGCUUGGGCACAGUUUAUUGUAUACAUGAUGAUGCUUGUGGUGGAAGAAAAGGAGAAGAAGCUGAAAGAGAGCAUGAAGAUGAUGGGAUUACGUGAUUCUGUUUAUUGGUUGUCGUGGUUUGCCAUAUAUGCUGCAUAUGUGCUUUUUUUAUCCUUGGUUUGCAUCAUUCUACUGCCGCUCGCCAAUGUCUUUCAGAAGGCUAAUAUCUUCCUCUUGUUCCUAGUGUUCAUCCUUUAUGGCUUUUCCUCCAUCAUGUUUGGCUUCAUGCUAACACCUUUCUUCAAUAAAGCAAAAGUUGCAGGAGUUGUUGGGAAUCUGGUCCAGAUCUCCUUCAGCCUUCUGUUUUACCUCCAAGUCUACCUUGAAGAUGAUGUGUCCCCUGGAGUUUUCUGGGCUCUUGGACUCCUCUCUCCCUGUGCAUUUGCCUUUGCAAUUGACAAGGUGAUCCUGUUUGAUAUCUCUGGGAAUGGUCUGACCUAUGACUCUAUCUGGGAUGGCAAAGGACUCCCCUUUGCUGGCAGCCUUAUCAUGAUCACUAUCGACAUAUUCCUCUAUCUGUUUCUGGCAUAUUACCUGGAUAACGUUUUUCCAAGUGAAUAUGGCACCAAAAGGAAGCCUUGGUUUAUAUUUCAGAAGUCAUUUUGGGUAAAAAGUCGUAGCAAAUUGUAUAAGUUGUCACUUGCUGAUGGUGUCAUCAAUCAAGUAUUUUCAGCUGAACUUCCAGACAAUCCAGAUGUGGAGUCGGUGUCUGCCGAGUUGAAGCAGAGGACAGCUGUACGUAUUCGUAAUUUGGAGAAGAUUUUCAGUUCACGAGGAAAGAAACCUGUAAAAGCAGUGAACGAUUUCAGCUUGGACAUCUAUGAAGGGCAGAUAACAGCCAUCCUGGGUCACAAUGGAGCUGGCAAGACAACACUAUUCAACAUCCUGACAGGCAUGACUGCUCCCACCCAAGGGUCAGCAACCAUCUUUGGCCUGGACAUCAGUGACAUAAAUGAGCUGACAGAAAUCCGGAAAAACACUGGCAUUUGUCCACAGCAUGACGUUGUCUUCCUUUCCCUCACUGCCAGGGAACACCUCCGCUUCUUUGCCCGCAUUAGAGGAGUCCCUUCAGAUAAGAUAGAAAGUGAGGUUGAGCAAACUCUGAAGGAGGUUUAUUUAAAUGAGAAAGCAGACACUUUGGCUUCAGAUCUCUCAGGUGGACAGAAGAGAAAAUUGUCUAUUGCCAUUGCACUUAUCGGAGACCCCAAAUUGAUCUUCUUGGAUGAACCGACAGCAGGAGUUGAUGCUUACUCACGCAGGAAAUUGUGGACAUUAUUGAAAAAUAGAAAGGAAGGGAAGGUGAUUCUUUUGACGACACACUUUAUGGAUGAAGCAGACAUUCUUGCUGACCGGAAGGCAAUAAUGUCUAAGGGCACGCUGAGGUGCUGCGGAACGUCUCUCUUCCUCAAGAACAAAUUUGGCCUGGGAUAUCAUCUCACGUUGAUUGUGCAGGAGAAUUCUGAUGAACAAAUAGUACUUAAAAUUCUGAAAAAAGUCAUCUCAGAUGUCCAGCUGGCCCGGUAUUAUGGCAAAGAAAUGUCAUUCAUUCUCCCAUCUGACUCUUCAUCACGGUUUCCUUCCCUCUUCAAGCAGCUGGACCUGAGUGUUGCCAGUGCUCAGGAAGGCAUUGAGGGCUAUGGGGUUUCCAUGACUACUCUAGAGGAGGUGUUUUUGGUGCUGAAUGAUGAGAGUGAAGAGGGUGAACUUGGCUCUAUGAACAAUGUGGGCCAGCAGAUGAUUCGUGAAAAGUCCCCAUCAGCCUCUCCUUCCCAUACUUCCUCACUUCAAGAGAGUGGAGCACAGGACAACUACAUGGCAGCAAAUAAAGGCUUUGUAAUUGAAAAUGUGGAAGUCAAGAGAGAGGACUGGAGAGCCUUUCUUGCACUGCUGAAGAUUCGUUUUACGAACGUGAUACGGGAACCAGCAGCAGUGAUAUUCUUGAUCCUCUUCCCACUUGCCUUCACCAUCGGAUCUAUUGCCCUGGCAAACUCCCAGAAGAUAAAGAUUUCCACAAAUAAAGUUAUUGGCUUAAAUUCAAGUAUGUACGAUAAGAAAUUCCAGGGAACACUCCUGCACAACGCUACAGGUCAUGACCUCAAUGGUCUAGUGUCCACUCUCUCUGCAGCAGACAUGGAGGUUGGUCUUUACCCUGGGAACUAUUCUGAUCUUCUGAAUGAAGACUACAACAUGGGAGCCUACAGUGUUCACAGCUUCCCUAGAAUGAAUAGUGUGGAGGACAUAGCAGAAGUGAAGGUGGGUUUCAAUGACUCCUACAUGCACUCCAUUCCCAUACUAGUGAACCUCCUCAAUAAUGGUAUUAUGAGCUCCAUUAUGAAUGCCACCAACACAAUCAGUGUGUUCUCCAACCCUUUGCCCAUCAACAAGGAGGGUAUAGAGUUUGAUGCAUCAACCUUUGUCGCCCCUAUGAUGAUUGGCUUUGCAUUCACCAUCAUUCCUGCUGGGUUGACCAUGGACCUUGUCCAUGACAGGGAGAUCAAAGCAAGAUACAUGCUUAGGCUGAAUGGAGUUGGAUUCCACAUCUACUUCUCAUCUUACCUCAUUACAAUGAUAGGCAUCUACUUGAUAUCCUACUUUGGUCUCCUGAUAAUUGUUGCUGCAUUUGGAGUCAAAUCACUUAUUAUUCCCCCAGCAUUUGGUGCUCUUGCCCUCCUCUACUUCCUCUACAUGCCAGCUGCUAUUCUUUUUUCAGCCGUCAUGAGCUACAUGUUUGACAAGUCUGAAACUGCCCGCCAGUUUUACCCAAAUUUAGUUACAACACUGGGUUUCAUAACCUACACAGUAGUGGCACUUGUUGACAUGCUUGUUCAAAGCAGUACAAAUCCAGCACAAAUUUUACACAUUAUAUUAACAGUAAUCUUUCCUCCUUACAUACCAUUUGGGUUGAUGUAUUACAUUAACAAGGUAUAUAUAGAAUGCUCAAUAUUUAACACUUGUGACACUCUCUCUGCUAGUAACUACAUGACAACAGAAAUUAUUGUCCUGUUUGUGGUGACAGUUGUCAGUAUUCCUGCAUGGUACUUAAUGCUGAGGGUGGCAGACUCUGUCAAGCUGGGGGGCAACUGGCAGUCAGCUUUAUGGAUAAAGAGCCCAAGAAAAGUUGAUCAUUUAGACCACCUGCAAGAGAAUGGUGUGGAUGAAAUAGAUGAGGAUGAGGAUGUGAAACAGGAGAGGGAAAAUGUAGCAGCUGCCAUUCAUGAUACUUCCUCUACUUCCCCAGUCCUUAUUCAUAACCUUGGCAAGACAUACAAGAAAGACACAGGAAAGAGCAAUCCUUGUAGAGGGAACAAGGAAAGUGAACAAUUCUGUGCAGUGAAGAGUGUGUCAUUUGAGGUCAAGCAGAGUCAGGUGUUUGGUUUGCUGGGUCCUAAUGGUGCAGGCAAGACAACAACACUCAGUAUAAUGACAGCAGAAGAGAGUGCCUCAUGGGGAAAAGUACAGAUAUGUGGAGAGAGCAUCCAGUCAAGCUUAUCUUCUGUAUUUGAGGCGAUGGGAUACUGUCCCCAGCAUGAUGCUCUCUGGAAUAACAUCACAGUAGCUGAACACAUCGCUGGCUAUGCUGAGAUACGUGGCAUCAGGAGAGACCAAGUUAAACUGCUGGUGGACAUGUAUGUUAAAGGUCUUGAGAUAGAGGAACAUAAGGACAAGAAAAGUAAAGACUGUUCUGGAGGCACCAAGAGGAAACUGAGCUACAUUCUCAGCAUGCUGGGUCAACCUCGAGUGGUGUUGCUCGAUGAACCCUCAACAGGGAUGGACCCAAAAUCAAAGCGCUUCUUGUGGAACUCCAUCCUCUCUUCUUUCCGAGAUGAGCGCAGUGCUAUAUUGACAACACAUUCCAUGGAGGAGGCUGAUGCCCUCUGUUCUUCCAUUGGCAUCCUGGUUCGUGGCAGUAUGAGAUGCAUUGGACCCAUUCAGUACCUCAAGAAUAAGUAUGGCAGAGGAUACACAUUGGAGGUAAAGGUGAAGCCCAACAGAGCACCAAUGUCCAUCAGCAAUGCCAGCUCCCCCAGCCACAUCAUCUCUGCUGAACUAGGAAACAGUAUAAUCAGGGAAGUUCAGCAAAAGGUCAUGGAAACAUUCCCAAAUGCAGUACUGGAUGAGCAGUUUGAUGAGCGGCUGAUUUACAAAGUUCCUCAGACUGAUGUGAUGAGUCUGGCUCUGAUUUUUGAGAUGCUUGAAAAGACCAAGAGUGAUGGCUUGGUGGAUGAAUAUGCACUCAGCCAGACCACCUUAGAGCAGAUCUUCUUGCAGUUUGCUCGCCAGCAGGAGGAAGAGGAUGACAAGGAGGAGAGUGGAGAUGAUAUCUCUCAACUUGAAUGAGAAAUUAACUAUAUAUUGUAUGAUUGAGUACUCCAUGUUUUGUAUUUGUAUAAUUCAAAAGAAAGAAAAAUCUGUCCAUUCAUAAAUAUUGGUAAGCAUGAAUAGUCUGAUACUUUUUUCAUAAUUUUAGAAACUUGAAUUUCAGAUUUGUUUUCAUGCUUGUAAUGUGCAAUGAUACACUUUACUGCAACAGUACGACUGUGAUACGACUCAUUUCCUUUUCAACCCAAAUUUUACUGUCCUUUUCAUCUCAUGCCCUCUCCAUGUAGGAUAAAAGACCUCUGGGAUCUCUAAUAUCCCUGCUUUUUUUUCUUUCUGAAAGAGAGAGAGAGAGAGAGAGAGGACAAUGAAAUAUUUGAAAAAUAGUAUGAAAUAUUAAGAUGUAUGACAAUAGCUUCUUAUCUUGGAGACAAGAGACAAAGAAAGAUACUAACUUUGGAAAAAAAAAAUAGAUUGCACAAGCAUGCAAAUACUCCUUAAAAUGGUGAUUGCUGUCAUCUCUCUUUGCUUCUUGCUUCUAACUUAACUGACUUGUCGCCUAUUCUUUACAUAGUCAAUACACUGAGGCAUUGCA